CAACUUGAAAUGAUAAACAAAAGUAUGAUAGUUGUGGGCGUUGCCACAUUUUGUUUCCCAGAUAAUUCAUUGAUUAAUACUGUGAUAACUCGAUAAGGCUUUCGCGUAUUUUGUGACCGUGCGCCAGAUUUUUAGUAUUUAUGAUAUUUAACAUUUGUGUCAUACGUCAUUUAUUAUAGUUAUUAAAACAAACUUUAAUACAACAUUCUUUUGAUAUAUUUAUAUUAAUUGAAUUCAUUUUUAAAAAACAAUAUCAUAAACGUGAUAGUAUUAACUGUAUACCGAGUGUUUAAUUGAUAAUUUUAGUAACGAGAUUGAAAAAUUAGUGUUUAUAAUAUGUGAAUCACUGCUAACAUCUUAUAAGACCAUAGUGCAUAUGAAAAAUGUUAGGAAAAAUUUUGUUAACGUUUUUAUUGUGUACAAAUGUGAAAUCUCAAUCAAACAAAGAUCUGUACAACGGACAAUUUAAAAAUGAGUAUUAUAACACGCGACAGCAAGAUUCUUCACGUGAAUCUAGACUGCCUAAUCCAGGAGAUAGUAAUUACAGAACAUAUUUGUACAAUAACAGAAGAUAUGGAACAGAUCCUUCAAGAUACAACCCUUACAACCCUAACAUAAACCAACCGGGUGGCUUUCCGUACAAUCCAAUUGAGAGUAAUCCUUUGGAUGAUCAGUUCAAAUAUAAUACAAAAAUUGACCCAAACAAUCCAGAUGCACUGUUUCCCGGUGUUCUAGGGGGCUGGAGAGAGGACUUACAGGGACGAGAGAGACGGGAUUCCCGUCAGUUGAAGAGGGAUAUCUUUGUUAACACUAACUAUGGACAGGUUCAAGGAUUCCGAGUCUAUUUAUAUGACAACCCAGAUCCUAAUUCAGGAUACCGACCAUGGUUAACACCAGUGGAGAGGAUACAGGGGGAAGUAUCGGUGUUCCUCGGUAUACCAUAUGCUCGACCACCCGUCUUAGAAGGGAGAUUUAAGCCUCCUCGUAGACACCCCGGCUGGCAACUCAUGCAGGCGGUAGAUUGGGGGCCCGCCUGCCCGCAGCCCGUGAGGUUCACGGGCGCCACGAAGGGCAUACGCGACAUGGACGAGGACUGUCUGUACCUGAACAUAUUCUCGCCUAAUACAGAAGCUGGCUCGACUGCGCAGAAAUAUCCAGUUAUGGUGUACAUUCACGGAGGUCAAUUCGCUUCCGGUGCGUCUAAUUUAUUUCCCGCGCAUAUGAUGGCCGCUUUCUACGACGUCGUUGUUGUAUCUUUUAAUUACAGAUUAGGAGCACUGGGCUUCCUCUCAACCGCCGAUGAAAAUUCUCCUGGUAACUACGGUAUACUAGACCAAGCGAUGGCCCUUCAAUGGGUGAGAGACAACAUAGGGCCGUUCAAUGGAGAUGCAGGUUCCAUUACCUUGUUCGGACCUGGCGCUGGUGCAGCAUCAGCUGGUCUGCUAGCUGUUUAUCCUCCAACUAGAGAUAUCGUUUCGAGAGUUAUAGCACAGAGUGGUUCCGCGUUAGCUGACUGGGCACUUAUAGAGGAUAAAUUCCGUGUUCAGAAUACAUCGUUAGUUUUUGGCAGACUACUGGGUUGUCCAAUCGACUCAUCCUGGAAACUCGUCAACUGUUUACGUCAAGGAAGAAGUUUUUACGAGCUCGGAAACGCAGAGUUUGAGCCUAACGUUGGCUUCAUACCCUGGGGUCCUGUGCUCGAGAAUAACUUCACAUUCCCCGGAGACGAGUGGUACGACGGCUGGCGGGAACGAGACUGGCAUUUCUUAGCGACGACUCCUGAAGAACUGAUCGUCAGACGACAGUUCAAUCCUACCCUGAGAUACAUGACCGGUGUCACCACGCAGGAAGCAGCUUAUGUUUUAUAUACGAAUGAAUCCCUCGCCCCUGGCUACGAGAUAAACGAGCGAUGGUUCAACCAGAAGGUGCAGGAGUUCGUCUUCCGAUACAACUACACGCUGAACCCGCGUGGCGUGUACGAGGCCAUCCGCUACAUGUACACCUACCACCCCGAGCCGCACAACGCCAGCGCCGUGCGCGACCAGUACGUGCACUUUCUCUCGGACUUCCUGUACCGCGCCCCGACGGACAAGAUGGUAAAGCUGCUGCUGGAGCAGAACGUGCCGGUGUACAUGUACGUGCUGAACACGACGGUGGAGGCGUUCGGCUGGCCGGACUGGAGGCAGUACGCUCACGACACUGAACAUUUCUUCCUGUCGGGCGCUCCCUUCAUGGACCAGGAGUUCUUCCCGAGGAGGCACAGAAUAGACAGGCAAGCUUGGACACCGAACGAUAGGAACAUGAGCCACUUCUUUAUGAAGGCGUAUUCGGAUUUCGCGAGAUUUGGGAACCCAACCCGCUCCCGUAUCCUGGGCCUGCACUUCGAGAUGGCAAAGGCUGGACAGCUCCGGUACUUAAACCUGAACACGACCUUCAACUCGAGCAUCCAACUCAACUACAGGCAGACUGAACUAGCCUUCUGGACCGUGUACCUUCCCACGGUUAUAGGAAGACUCGUGCCUACGUAUCCACCAUUCACAGAGUACUGGUGGGAACCGAAGCAGCCUCUCCAAAUAGCGUUCUGGUCGGUCUCCAGCGCUUGUCUCGUCCUCAUCGUGUUGUUGGUGGUCUGCUGCAUGCUCUGGAGGAACGCUAAAAGAGAAACGGAUAGGUACUACAACGGUGACAUAUUCAUGGUUCCCGAGCUGGAGGAGAGCGGCAUAGAGAACGCUUCGCGCUCCAGAGACAAUAUAUACGAGUACCGAGACGUACCCGUUAAGAGGACGCCGCAAACACUCACGAGAACGAUAAGCCAGCCGGCGACGCUGCAGUCGCACGCGCCGUCCGAGGCGUCCAGCGAGUCGGCGCUGUCGCUGCGCGCCGCGCGCCGCCCGUCGCCCGCGCCGCGCGCGCGCUCCACCACGCAGCUCGUGCGCGGCGUGCCGCAGACCACCGUGUGAGCGACCGCUGCGACCGGUACAGACUCUUCGGGAAUAUACGUUACUUUUUUUUAAAUCUAUUUUAUCGAAGGCGUGGUACUUUACAUUCCUUAUCGGAGUAUGUGUUACAUACGGGCGUAAGUCGCAAGCGUUUGAUGUGUAUGUGUUAUGUUCUUUUAUUCUAGGAAUGACAGGCGAUUGAAAAUAUAUCUUGUGACAUAACAAUUAUGAAUCCUCUAAAGUAAUGCCCGUAUUAGACAAUUAAAUGUCACGCGAGUGCUCUUGAUGAGUACUUUCAAUGACGAGAGCAAACUAACGAGCUAAAACUAGUAUUCCGUAGAUGCACAAAAAAUCCAUGUACACACAAUAUGGCAGCUACCGUCCGACAUAUCAUAUUUCCGUGAUAUACGUAGUAUAUACAAUAUUAUUGAUUAAAAUUACAAUUUAUGCAAUACUGUAAAUUUAUAUACUUUGAAUAUUGAAUUUUAAUUUAAUAUGUUCAUAUUUGUAUAUUUUAGUAAGUAAGCGUAUUAGUAGUAUUUUAAAUAUUUGUCUUCGAUCUCUAUUACGUCUAAUAAUUACAAAAAAUAUCACAAACAGAUAUUGAUUAAUAUAUAUUUAUUUGAAAUAAAACACUUCCAUUUGACUUAUAUCGAUUUUUUUUGAUAAUGUGAGUUCAUGGUCUCGACCAUGUGUAUUUACUCGUGUAGUUGGAAUGGGCUUCACUUAUGAAUACUUGCUUUAAUUUAACACCUCCUUUGACAUUCAAAACGCCUUUUUUAUCAUUUUAAUCCAUAGUGACACCACAGAUUAUAUAAAUAUCGGCUAACGAUGUCACGUCAAUUCAAGAUCAAAGAUGUUUAUUUAUCUUUACUCCUGCUGCCAUUGAAAUCGAAAUUAUUUAAACAAAGAAUAAUAUUAUGAUUCUUAAAAAAUUAAAAAAAAAAAUAUCGAAUAAUCAGCAGUAAUACAUCUUUUUUAUAUUUAAUUAUAUUGUAAUAUUAUAUAAAACGUGAAAUGUAACUAAAUAAAUUAUGAACUAUCAUUUUAAAAUGGGGCUUCGAGUAUUAAGUAUUCAAGUACGCGGGAUUAAGGGCAUCGUUUAUAUAUUUUAGAAAUAUCCGAGCAUAUCCGAUUCAGUUAUUUUUUCUUAAAACAGUUGUUAUUCAAAUGUUUGAGGCGCCAGUGUAGUCACUACUCAAACUCACGUCAUGAACAAGACAAUUCGUAAAGAGUGUGCAUGUGUGCGUGAUGUUUUGACAUUGAUAUAGAGAAGUGUAUACCAACCUUUUAUAGGCCAUGCCCCACCUCAUGUAUAAUUUUUAACCUUUAAUAAUUGUUUUGUUCCCUUAAGAAAUAUAAAUGAUAAGUUUUAGGAAGAAAUCACUAUGAAAUUGUUAUCAAAACAUCGUAAGUAAAAUUUCAAAACAUAUAAUGAAAAACUGAAAUUCAAAAUAAUUUUAAUAUUGAUUUUUCUAUAUUCAUUUAGUGCGAUCCCUGCGCUUGAUGCUUACUGCACAGAGAUUUUAUGUUAGGUUCCAAGUUACUUAGCUUUAAUCUCAAGUCUCCACAUUGUUUUAUAUCAGUAAAUCACUGUAAAUGAUUUACGAAAGGAUUAAAGUCGUGUCGAGUCCAUUUUUAAAUUGCCCCCCUCAACUAUCAAAUUGCCCCCUGUGGGGCGUGGGCACGUUGGGAAACACUGAUAUAGAGCGAAGUUACACACGCUUGUCCGUAUCCGUAAUCUGUGAUGUGCCUGUGUGCACAUAAAUCGUUCGUAUAUAUGUUUUGUGUCAUCUUAACAGUUCUCUGACCACCGUUAGUUAAUUUUACCACGUAAGAUCGUUUAUAACAAUGCUGCCAUCGCUAAAGUGCUUUAGACUGACAAACUUUAUGUUUUUAAUGUGUCGCUUAUGAAUGAAUAAACAUGUUUUUUUAAUUGUACUUUGUUAAGUUACCGACUACUUUGAUUUUAUAAUUAUUUUUUAUAUGUAUUAAUUAUGAACUAUUUUACAGUACAUGCAUAGUAUAUAAGGUUUUUAGUGCAGUCGGCGUAUGUUUAAAAAAUUAUAAUUUUUAAAUGAAAUAUUGUCGAGUCAAAUUUUAGUAAUUGUAAAUUGUCGAGGCAAUAAUAGUUUUAAGAUGAAAUGUUUGUGAUCGUCCAACCGUCCAUUAUGAUUUAUGUGCCUUUUGGUGCCUAAAAUUACUUAACAAAUUAAAGUAUUUAUUAUACCUCGUUGAAUGUAUUUUAUUUUUAAUUUUAAAACGUAAAUACUGCCAG